CAUUGUAACUUGUUAGGACAUGGAGGGCAGAGCAGAGUGACUUCUUUUCGUGGAAAUCAGUUAAUAUCCAGUAGAGUGAUUGUAGUAUUGUGUUCCGUGGUGUGUGUGGACUUAGCAUAGGGGCACUUUAGCAGAUAGGCCACUGCGGCCAAAGUAAUCAAUCAUCAUGACGACAGACAUCAGUAUAAACCGCUGGGAUCCUACACUUCAACAGGAGAUCGUGGAAGAGUACGAAUACGAUGGUGGAAAUUCCUCUUCACGCCUCUUUGAACGCUCGCGUAUUAAAGCAUUGGCAGACGAACGUGAAUCUGUACAGAAAAAAACGUUUCAAAAAUGGGUUAAUUCCCACCUUGUACGUGUAAAUUCUCGCAUCGGUGACCUCUAUUUAGACCUUCGCGAUGGUAAACAACUCAUUAAAUUGCUUGAAGUUCUCUCAGGUGAACGAUUACCGAGACCGACAAAAGGAAAAAUGCGGAUUCACUGUUUAGAAAACGUAGAUAAAGCUCUGCAAUUCCUUCGCGAUCAAAGAGUACAUUUAGAAAACAUGGGUUCGCAUGACAUUGUCGACGGAAACCCGAGAUUAUCACUUGGUUUAAUUUGGACCAUAAUCCUUCGCUUCCAAAUACAAGACAUCACAAUCGAAGAAACAGAUAAUAAAGAAACCAAAUCGGCCAAGGAUGCUUUGCUUUUAUGGUGCCAGAUGAAAACUGCCGGUUAUCAAAAUGUGAAUAUUCGUAAUUUCACCACAUCGUGGCGCGACGGUUUGGCUUUCAAUGCUAUCAUUCACAAACAUCGCCCCGAUUUAAUUCAAUAUGACAAGCUCACUAAAGCUAAUCCUAUUCACAAUUUAAAUAAUGCGUUCAACAUCGCUGAAGAAAAACUGGAUCUCACCAAAUUGCUCGACGCCGAAGACGUGUUCGUCGAGCAACCGGAUGAGAAAUCGAUCAUCACAUACGUCGUCACAUAUUAUCACUACUUCAGUAAGAUGAAACAAGAAACCGUUCAAGGAAAACGUAUCGGAAAAGUCGUCGGAAUUGCAAUGGAUAAUGAACGAAUGAUUCGAGAAUACGAAUCGUUAACCAGUGAUUUAUUGGCUUGGAUUGAAGCUACAAUCACUGCUCUUGGCGAUCGCCAAUUCGCAAAUAGUUUACAAGGUGUUCAACAGCAAUUAUCACAAUUUAGUAAUUAUAGAACGGUAGAAAAACCACCAAAAUUCGUUGAAAAAGGUAAUUUGGAAAUUUUGUUGUUUACCCUUCAAUCAAAGAUGCGCGCAAACAACCAGCGUGUAUACACGCCAAAAGAAGGUAAAAUGAUUGCUGAUAUAAACAAAGCUUGGGAGCGUCUUGAAAAAGCAGAACACGAACGAGAACUCGCCUUGCGUGAAGAACUCAUUCGUCAAGAAAAACUUGAACAACUUGCCGCCCGAUUUAAUCGCAAAGCGAGCAUGCGUGAGACUUGGUUGAGUGAGAACCAGCGAUUGGUAUCGCAAGACAACUUUGGUCAUGAUUUAGCUGCCGUUGAAGCAGCCGCUAAGAAACACGAAGCAAUCGAAACAGAUAUUUUAGCGUACGAAGAACGAGUACAAGCUGUAGUCGCUGUGGCUCAAGAAUUAUCAGCCGAAAAUUACCAUGAUAUGGAAAGAAUCAGCCAGAGAAAAGACAACGUAUUACGAUUAUGGAAUUACUUAUUAGAACUUCUCAAGGCGAGAAGAAUGAGGUUAGAAUUAAGCUUACAAUUACAACAAACCUUCCAAGAGAUGCUUCAUAUUUUGGAUUCAAUGGAAGAUUUGAAGAGCAGAUUAUUAACAGACGAUCAUGGAAAACAUUUAAUGGGUGUAGAAGAUUUACUCCAAAAACACAAUCUUCUUGAAGCAGAUAUUAAUAUUCUUGGAGAGAGAGUAAAAGCGGUUGCUUUAGCAUCACAACGAUUCUUGGACGUAGAUAUUUUGGAAGGAUACAAACCGUGUGAUCCUUCGUUAGUUUUGGAUCGUGUACAGCAAUUAGAAGAUGCUUACGCCGAACUUGUUCGACUUGCAGUUGAACGUCGUACUAGAUUAGAAGAGUCGCGUAAACUCUGGCAAUUUUAUUGGGAUAUGGCAGAUGAAGACAAUUGGAUUAAGGAAAAUGGACAAAUCGUUUCCACAGCUGAUAUUGGACAUGAUCUUACAACGGUACAUUUGCUAUUGGCCAAACACAAAGCUUUAGAAAACGAAAUUCAAGCGCACGAACCUCAACUUCAAGCCGUUUUGAACGUUGGCGAGGAAUUGGUAACAUCUGGACACUUUGGUUCCGACAAGAUUCAGCAGCGACUUCAAGAAGCAUCCGAGGCUUGGCGCCAUUUAUUAGAAUUAACGGCGUAUCGUCGUAAACGACUCGAAGAGGCCGUCGAUUAUCAUCAACUAUUUGCAGAUGCCGAUGACGUAGAUAUUUGGAUGUUGGAUACCUUGAGGUUAGUUUCCAGCGAAGACGUGGGACGUGACGAAGCUAACGCUCAAUCUUUACUUAAAAAACAUCGCGAUGUAACAGACGAACUUAAGAAUUAUUCUUCUACCAUCGAUCAAUUACAUCAACAAGCCGAACAACUUGGACCAGAACUUGCUAAUGCGCCGGAAGUUCAAAAAAGAUUAUCUUCAAUCGAUAGCCGAUAUAAGGAGUUAUUAGAAUUGGCUAAAUUGCGUAAACAGAGAUUAUUGGACGCGCUAUCUCUUUACAAAUUGCUGUCUGAAAGUGAUGGUGUUGAGCAAUGGAUUGGCGAGAAGGACCGAAUGCUUCAGACGAUGACUCCUGCUCGCGACAUUGAAGAUGUGGAAAUUAUGAAACACCGUUACGACGGAUUUGAAAAGGAAAUGAACUCGAACGCUUCCAGAGUAGCCGUUGUCAAUCAAUUAGCUAGGCAAUUACUUCACGUUGAACAUCCAGAUUCGGAACAAAUCACUGCAAGACAGAAUCAACUUAACCAGAAAUGGGCCGAGCUUCGCGAUAAAGCAGAAUCAAAGAAAGACGAACUCAACCAAGCACAUGGUGUGCAAACGUUCCAUAUUGAAUGCCGUGAAACCGUCACUUGGAUUGAAGAUAAGAAGAGAAUUCUUCAAAGUACGGAUAGUUUGGAAAUGGAUUUGACUGGAAUCAUGACUUUACAGAGACGUUUAUCGGGAAUGGAACGCGAUUUGGCAGCCAUCCAAGCGAAAUUAACGGCAUUAGAAAAAGAGGCUCAGGAAAUGGAGAAAGAACACCCAGAAGAAGCCGCCGUUGUCCGGGAACGCAUCACCCAAAUUCAAAUUAUCUGGGAGCAACUUACUCAAAUGUUAAAAGAACGUGACGCGAAAUUGGAAGAAGCCGGGGAUCUUCACCGCUUCCUUAGAGAUUUGGAUCAUUUCCAAGCUUGGCUCACUCGUACACAAACAGAUGUCGCCUCUGAAGAUACCCCUGGUUCUUUGGCCGAAGCCGAAAAGCUUUUGUCGCAGCAUCAAAACAUCAAAGAUGAAAUCGAUAAUUACACUGAUGACUAUACAAAGAUGAUGGAAUACGGGGAAAGAAUCACUGCCGAACCUGGUACUCAAGAUGAUCCGCAAUACAUGUUCUUACGCGAACGUUUGAAGGCCCUUAAAGAUGGCUGGGCUGAACUUAAACAAAUGUGGGAAAAUCGUCAACAACUACUCUCCCAAUCACUCAGCUUACAAAUGUUGAACAGAGAUGCACGUCAAGCUGAAGUUAUCUUAAGCCAACAAGAGCACACCUUGAAUAAAGAUGAAACUCCGACAUCCUUGGAACAAGCCGAAAACUUGUUAAAGAAACACGAAGCUUUCUUAACCACCAUGGACGCGAACGAUGACAAAAUCAACACGGUCGUUCAAUUUAGCCGUAGAUUAUGCGACGAAAAUCACUUUGCAUCUGACAAAAUCGCUAAAAGAGCUGAUGCUAUCGAUGAACGCAGACAAAGCAAUAGAGAACGAGCGCAAGCAUUAACCGAUCGAUUAAGAGAUUUGUUGGAACUUCAGCAGUUCUUAAGAGAUUGCGAGGAACUUUCAGAAUGGAUUCAAGAGAAACACAUCGUCGCACAAGAUGAAACUUAUCGUUCCGCAAAAACAAUUCAUUCCAAAUGGACCAGACAUCAAGCGUUUGAAGCCGAAAUCGGUUCUAAUAAAGAGAGAUUGACUAAUUUACAACAAGCUGGUGAAGACUUGGCGAGAGAUAAACCAGAAUACGCACAAAUGAUCCAGCCGAAAUUGAAAGAACUCCAAGAUCAAUUUGUCUUGCUGGAAGAUACCACCAAAGAUAAAGGUGAACGUCUCUUUGAUGCUAAUCGCGAAGUUUUGAUCCAUCAAACAUGUGAUGACAUCGACAGUUGGAUCAACGAAUUAGAAAAACAGAUCGAAAAUGAAGACACUGGUCAAGAUUUGGCUUCCGUAAAUAUCUUGAUGCAAAAACAACAGAUGAUUGAAACCCAAAUGGCGGUGAAGGCAAGACAAGUUGACCAGCUGGAAUCUCAAACACACCAUUUGGAACAGAAAGUGCCCGACAAAGAUAUGGAAGAAAUCAAAGUCAAAAAGACCAAAGUCGAGGAACGUUUCGAACAAUUAAAGCAACCUCUGUUGGAACGACAGCGUCAAUUGGAAAAGAAAAAGGAAGCGUUCCAGUUUCGACGCGAUGUCGAAGACGAAUUAUUAUGGAUUUCCGAAAAGAUGCCACUUGCAACUUCGGACGAAUACGGUUCCGGUUUAUUCCAUGUGCAUAUGCUAAUGAAGAAAAAUCAAUCAUUAAAAACAGAAAUUGAUAAUCACGAACCGAGAAUACGUACCGUGUGCAAUAACGGACAGAAAUUAGUGGAUGAAGGUCACGAAUCUUCUGAUGAAUUCUCUAAUUUAAUUGCCGAAUUAUCACGCGCUUGGCAAAAUUUGAAAGAUGCGAUCGAAAAACGAAAAGAAAACUUACUGCGAAAUGAACGAGCUCAGCAGUACUUAUUCGAUGCAGGUGAGGCUGAAGCGUGGAUGAGCGAACAAGAACUCUAUAUGAUGGUUGAAGAUCGUGGAAAAGAUGAAACGUCUGCAAGAAAUUUAUUGAAGAAACACGACAGUCAAGAAGCCGCCGUAGAAGCUUACGCGGAUACUAUCAGAUCUUUAGGUGAAACUGUUCGUGCUUUAGCUGCUGAAGAACACCCACUCGCCGAACAAGUAGCCGUUAAACAAUCUCAGCUUGACAAAUUAUACGCCGGUUUGAAAGAUUUAGCUGGUGAACGCAGAGCUAAACUUAAUGAAGCUCUUCAAUUGUUCUUGUUGAAUCGCGAAGUUGGCGAUUUGGAACAAUGGAUAGCCGAUAGAGAAGUUGUUGCAUCCUCGCAUGAAUUGGGACAAGAUUACGAUCACGUUACUCUUCUUUGGGAAAGAUUUAAAGAGUUCGCAAGAGAUACUGAAUCUAUCGGAACUGAGCGUGUUCAAUCCGUCAAUGAUAUCGCCGAUCGAUUAAUCGAAGCUGGGCAUUCGGAUUCCGCUGUAGUAGCGGAAUGGAAAGAUCAAUUGAACGAAGCAUGGCAAGAUUUGCUCGAACUUAUCGAAACAAGAACGCAGAUGUUAGCAGCUUCAAGAGAACUUCACAAAUUCUUCCACGAUUGCAAGGAUAUUUUGGGACGUAUUCUUGAAAAACAAGUUUCGAUGAGUGAUGAACUCGGUAGAGAUGCGGGCUCGGUUUCAGCUCUUCAAAGAAAACAUCAAAAUUUCUUACAAGAUCUUCAAACUUUACAAUCUCAAGUGCAACAAAUCCAAGAAGAAUCCGCAAAACUUCAAGCGGCGUAUGCGGGAGACAAAGCCCGCGAGAUCACCAAUAGAGAAGCUGAAGUUGUUAACGCUUGGGCCAAUUUACAAGCAAAUUGCGAUCAACGAAAACUGAAAUUAGCCGACACCGGAGAUUUAUUCAAAUUCUUUAACCUGGUUCGUACCCUAAUGCAAUGGAUGGAUGAUGUUAUUCGUCAAAUGAACACCGGCGAAAAACCUAGAGAUGUCAGUGGAGUUGAAACUUUAAUGAACAAUCAUCAGAGUUUGAAAGCCGAAAUAGAUUCUAGAGAAGACAAUUUUACAACUUGCGUCAGUUUGGGUCGCGAACUAUUGUCUAGAAAUCAUUACGCGUCAGCCGAGAUCCGCGAGAAGCUUGUUGUUUUAAGUAAUCAAAGAAACGCUUUACAUCACCGUUGGGAAGAACGUUGGGAGAACCUUCAGUUGAUCCUGGAAGUGUAUCAAUUCGCAAGAGAUGCCGCCGUUGCUGAAGCAUGGCUCAUCGCCCAAGAACCGUACCUUAUGAGUACCGAAUUGGGACAUUCGAUUGAUGACGUCGAAAAUCUUAUCAAGAAACAUGAAGCGUUUGAGAAGUCCGCGGCAGCCCAAGAAGAACGCUUCAGUGCUUUGGAGAGGUUAACCACAUUCGAACUUCGUGAGAUGAGACGACGUCAAGAAGCUGCUGAAGCCGAAGAGAAAGCUAAACGAGAAGCCGAAGAAGCUGAGAAACGCCGCGCAGCUUUAGAAGCCGAACAAAAAGCGGCCGCGGAAGCGGAUCGCACCGACGCAGCUUCUCCGGUUGAGGAAAAACCAGCAGCGACCGGUCGACCACCCGUUGGUGCGGGGGAAAGCGGUAGAGAACAGGAACAACAGGAAAGGGUGACAUCGGCUGGUUCUUCAACCGUAAUGCAAGCUAAAACGGCCACCACGCCAAGACCAGCAACAGUUGAAAAGGAGGCUCGCAGGAAAGAUCGCUCUCGCAGCAAAUCUCCAUUCCGGAGUUUCCGGUGGAAGAAAGGUCACAAGCAGUCUUCCGGGGCUAGUGAUGACGAAGCCGUGCACUAUUCCUCAGAACAAGCUAGUCCUGAUGAAGAGCCUGAAUUAGAAGGUCUGUUGACUCGUAAACAUGAAUGGGCCAACACGACCACCAAGUCUACAAAUCGCUCCUGGACGACGAUGUACUGCGUGCUGAAAGGCACCCAGUUACAUUUCUACAAGGAUGCGAAAACGGCCAAAACACAACCCGAUCAGAUGUUGAAGGGAGAACAGCCAUUGAAUUUAACCGGAGCUUCAGCGAUUGUCGCUUCCGAUUAUAAGAAGAGAAAGCACGUGUUCCGAUUGAAACUGGAAAAUGGAGCCGAUUUCUUAUUCCAGGCUCACGAUGAUGCUGAAAUGAAUCAAUGGGUCGGUAGAAUUUCGGUACUGCAGGAAGCUGGUUCUGCAGGACCAUCGCGAUCGCAAACGCUGCCCGCGUCCGGACAAAAGGACGAUAAAAAGCGAAAAAGCUUUUUGACACUGAAAAAGAAUUAAAUGUUUAAGCCGUUGACAUUUCUUCAUUGAACGAAUUUUUUUUUAUUAUGAUUAUUACUAUAUUUAAUAUAUUUUAUUAUUGUAUCUUGCACCCCUAGUGAAUGUAUAGAAUUUAUUAAUAAUAUAUAUAAUAUAUACGAUAUUAUAUCAUAUGUGAUGACGCUAAAAAAAAAAGUUAAUGUACGAUUGUGUUGCAAUACUACUGAACCUAUUCGUCUCUUACUGUCUCUCCUUUCAGCUUUUGCUUUUUGCGAACCGACGACAAACGAAAAUCAAAUGAAUGAAGAGAAUUAGGAAAAAAAAUUAUAAAUGAAAACGUUAUUACCGUGUUUGUCUCAUUUUCGUAUUUUAUGCAGGUAGGACAUACUUAUUUUUUAUGUUACGAAAAAUCCUCAGCAGUGUGCUUUAAGUUGAAAAAACCUGUAAUAAAUUGAUAAAAUUUUUAGUCACAA